AUGGCAAGAAGGUCAUCCGCAGCGAGGCCUGGACCCUCCUCCGCGGCCGGUAAGCUUUUAGUUCCGCUGGCUUCUAGUUAUCGACCAUACACUUCUGGUAAUCUGGCUAACCAACUCAAAUCCCUCACCUCGCUAGAUUCUUCGUCAUUGCCCCGACGCACCUCGUUGAGACUGGCCCAGUCGUCGUCCGCCCCCGCCAAUGCAAGCCAAUCUGAUCACCACUCCACACGUGAAGACGUGGCUGCGCCUAUUGGCGCUGUCGGACCCCGUCAAGAUGAGAAACCUGUGGUCCUUGAAGUUGCCAUUCCCUUGAAGAAGCCCUCGUCUUCCUGCUCAUCUUCCACGUCUAAUCGCGAGGGCGAUUCGUCUGGAGAUGGGACCUACGAUUACACUACUCCAGCGACCAGCGUUGCCAUGACUCCUGCAGAAUCAGACAUUUCACGCCCGAAGACAAGGGUCAGCGCGUCUGCUCGGACCCGGGAAUUACGAUCAAGCACCAUGUCGCUCAACCCGCGCAGGGGGCACAAGAGAACCACCUCGGCCAUCGCCACCGAGGAUACUACUCCCGAGGCCUCGGACGUGGCUCUAGCCCGUGCCCUUCAACUUGAAGAAUAUCAGGCACCACUCCCGAAACGACGAAGAGUGGGGAAAUCCAAAUUGGAGAUUCAAGAUUCCGACGACAGCGCCUUAACGGAGCUCGAUGACUUCGACGGUAUGGAUGAGGACGAGUCAGAGCAGUGGCAGCCGCCGCGCAAUUCUCGGAGCUCCCUCCGAUCGGCAAAGAAAGCGCCUGUUCCAGACAGCGAAGAUAGCAAUUUCGAUACGGAAGAUAUGUCCGAAGAGGAGGCCGAUGAAAGUCACCAAAGUGAUUCCGGGCCAAUCGCCCAAAUGCCGUCUAACGAGAGUAGGCCUACAUACUCGCAGAGAGGAUCUAGAAAUCGGGGCACGGCAAAUACCAGGGGUCGUGGACGAAAUCGAAGACAGGUACAAACACAAGCUGCAGGUCCAUCUGAAGCCCCAACUGCGUCACAGACGUGGAUGAGCUACCGUGCAUUUAAAGAGCGGAAGAAGCUUGAAAAACAGCAUCCCUUGAUUAUACAGAUGUGGGAAGAUUUAAGAAAUGCGCCCCCAAUAACACCGGUGCCCGCAGAACAACCUUCAAGCAUAUCGCGAACCCUGAAGCCCUUCCAACUCGAAGGUUUGAAUUGGAUGAUGCAACAGGAAAAGUCAGAGUACAGAGGUGGUCUCUUGGGUGACGAGAUGGGUAUGGGCAAGACCAUCCAGGCGGUUUCCCUCCUCAUGUCAGAUUACCCGAUCGGCAAACCGUCUCUUGUUGUAGUCCCUCCGGUUGCUCUAAUGCAAUGGCAAUCCGAGAUCAAGGAAUACACGAAUGGCCAACUGAAUGUUCUGGUUUAUCACAAUUCUAAUACUAAGGUCAAACAUCUUAGAAAGAAAGAUCUACAGGCCUAUGAUGUUAUCAUGAUAUCUUAUUCUGGUCUGGAGUCAAUCCAUCGAAAGGAAUGGAAAGGGUGGAACCGCGAUGAUGGAAUUGUCAAGGAGGAUAGUGUGGUCCAUUCCAUCGAUUACCAUCGACUCAUUCUCGAUGAAGCACACAGCAUCAAGCAACGCACCACGAGUGUUGCCCGCGCAUGUUUUGCGCUGAAAGCCACCUACAAAUGGUGUCUGUCCGGCACUCCCGUGCAAAAUCGAAUUGGCGAGUUCUUCUCUCUCUUGCGAUUUCUGGAAGUUCGCCCAUUCGCCUGUUAUUUCUGUAAACAGUGCAAAUGCCAGCAACUUCAUUGGUCCCAAGACGCCGAGAAACGAUGCACCGAAUGUCGACACAGCGGAUUUAGUCAUGUCUCAGUCUUCAACCAGGAGAUCUUGAAUCCAAUCACGGAAAGGGAUAAUGCAGAAGCCCGCAAAGAGGCAUUGGGGAAGCUGCGCCUUCUCACCGAUAGAAUUAUGCUCAGGCGUGUCAAGCGUGACCACACAGCUUCCAUGGAACUGCCACCCAAACGGGUCAUUCUACACAACGAGUUCUUCGGCGAGAUCGAACGUGAUUUCUCCCGAAGUAUCAUGACUAACUCCACCAGGCAGUUCGACACGUACGUGAGCCGUGGAGUGAUGUUGAACAACUAUGCCAAUAUCUUCGGUUUGAUCAUGCGAAUGCGACAGGUUGCAAACCACCCCGAUUUGAUCUUGAAGAAACAUGCCGCCAGUGGGCAAAAUGUACUGGUUUGCAGCAUCUGCGACGAAUCGGCGGAGGAAGCCAUUCGGUCGCGUUGCCAUCACGAGUUCUGCCGCCGAUGUGCCAAGGACUACAUGCGGUCGUUUGAUGCCGACACGGUUGUCGAUUGUCCGCGGUGUCAUAUUCCUCUGUCCAUCGACUUUGAGCAGCCGGACAUUGAGCAAGAAGAGGAGUUCAUCAAGAAAAAUUCGAUCAUCAACCGGAUCCGCAUGGAGGACUGGACCUCGUCGACAAAGAUCGAGAUGCUUGUCUACGACCUUUACAAGCUGAGGAGCAAAAAGCAGACGCACAAAUCGAUCGUCUUCUCGCAGUUUACCUCGAUGCUCCAACUCGUGGAGUGGCGCCUGCGCCGAGCCGGGUUCAACACCGUCAUGCUCGACGGCUCGAUGACGCCGGCUCAGCGACAGAAAUCCAUCGAUUACUUUAUGAACAAUGUGGACGUUGAAGUGUUUCUCGUCUCCCUCAAGGCAGGCGGUGUCGCCCUAAAUUUGGUCGAGGCGUCACGGGUGUUUAUCGUUGAUCCAUGGUGGAACCCGGCAGCUGAAUGGCAGAGCGCGGACCGGUGCCAUCGUAUUGGUCAACGUCGACCCUGCGUUAUCACCCGACUAUGCAUCGAGGACUCGGUCGAAUCCCGAAUCGUUCUUCUGCAGGAGAAGAAGGCAAACCUCAUCAACGGCACGAUCAACAAGGACCAGGGAGAGGCGCUGGAAAAGCUCACUCCCCAGGAUAUGCAGUUUUUGUUCCGGGGAUCCUGA